AUGUCUCCGUUCGAAAACCAAAUUCCUAUUGUCAAUUCAGAAGAUGUGAUUCUUCUCUCUUCUACUUCUUCUGCUUCCACAUCUGAUUUUAAACCAGAAGUCUGUGAAGUUUGUGGGGACCGUGUGAAUAGUCGGCGGUACGGUGCAUCCGCUUGCCUUGGAUGUACUGUAUUCUUCCGUCGGGCAAUUGUAAAUAAAAUGCAGUAUAGAUGUCUACGGGAUCAGAAUUGCUUCAUUUCACACACGUAUCGAUGUGCUUGCCGAUACUGUAGAUUUCAAAAGUGUCUUCGAGUUGGCAUGCAGCCAAGUGCUAUCCAGAGAAGGGACAUUGUUGGUCCACGAAAAACAUCAAGAGAUGAGAAAUCUAGAAGCCCGGAUGUCAUUAUUAUUGAUGCAGAAUCAGAAAACUUUCUUCAAGAGUGGGCUAGUUUCCAGAAAAUUCAAUUUUCGGAGCAUCUGCAGUACUUUGUAGACCAUCAAGUUGAUGUAGCCUUUCACAAAGAUAGCUCGAAUUUCGUGAAAUUCCGACGACGUGCAAGAGCUGCUGACGUCAACAUAAUGUUGAAGCUAGCACUCAAACAAGCAAGUGAAUGGGGUAAUCGUCUGAAGCUGUUCAAAAAACUUAAUAUUGAAUCCAAAAAGAGUGUUCUCGCAGAAUACUAUCUAGCUUUUAUGCUGAUUGAUCAAGGAUUGAAGACGUCGAAAGAAGCGGAUCUGGGAAUUUGGCUGUUACAAAAUGGAAGCUUCAUGCACCCGGAUUACUUUUUUGGACUCCCAGUGGACAAUAUCGGGUUUGCGGAGAGUAUGAAAGUGAAGAUACAACUCCAUCAAAACUUUGUCUCCGAACUCCUCCACUGUGUUGGAAAUCCGUUUCGAAAGUUGGAAAUUGACGAAGUAGAGUGUGCAGCUUUGAAAACGAUUCUGCUGUUGACUCCGUCCUGCUCAAAACGAGCAAUUUAUGCUGGGCAAGAAGGUGCACUCGCCGGGUUUUAUCAAAAAUGCAUGGAAGAAUUGAUGGAGCAUUCCAAGAAUAAGGAUCCCGAGCGUGCAGCUGAGAGAUUCGGAGAAAUCAUGCUGCUUAUUGGAUCGAUCCGUUGUGGAGUGAAAACCAUUUAUAACCAGACAAGAGUCUCGGAUUUGUUCAAUUUCAUGAAAUUCGAUGAUACUGUUAAAGAAAUUUUAUUGACUUAA